AUGGCAGUAGCACCUCCGGGAAAACGUAUUUAUAAAGAGGGAACAAAACCCGCAGCAGCUCCACCCAGAGGGGUGAAGGAGAAUGUGAGAGCAGCAGCUCUGCAGGCACUGAGAACAGCUCCUGUCUCCUACCUUCUCAUCACAGUUUGCGCCAUCAUUUCCCAUUGUCUCCUGGACUGUCUUGUUGCCUGCAAAGGCCGCCAUCUUGGGGGGAGGGUUUGCCGCCAUCUUUUCUCUUUGUCUCCCCUCACACAGUUGCCUGCAGUGGGCACUAUCCCAAAAAAGGCAUUUCCAGUUUCUCUUGGUUCUCAUGGAUUACCUGGAACAUCAACCGUCUGCUGUAACCUUUCAAGUAUCGUGGACAGCAGCUUGGGAACUUCUUCAGUCAAUAGCUUAGGACUCUGGGAUGCCUAUCAUCAGACCAAAAGUACAAUCGAAACUCCUUCUCUGAAUACCCUUACCUUUGAAAUGAAUAAAAAAACAAAUCAAAAUUAUUUCCAGGAGGCUAUAGCCAAAGAGUCCAACAUAAAACUAAACUUCCGGCUUGAAGGUGAUGGAAAAGGAGAGUUUAAUGCAUCCAGAACUGGGCUAAAAUCUACGUUGUCUUUCCAAGAUGUUCUAAGUUUGAAACAACAAAACAAUAACUGUGUGGUUCAUCAUUACUUCAAAUUUGAAGUACUGUCAAGCAUGCAAAAAAAGAUUGAGAAUGUAAACUACCAUAGCAUUUAAUGCAAAUAAUCUCAAAGUCUCAGUGAACUUUUGUAUUUCCCCUUUUUUAAUCUCAAAGUGUUCAAGUAUGGGGUAUAUACAUUUUAGACAAACUCAAUUUUAAGACAAUAAUACCAUAAAAUUUAUGUUGUACUGGUGGAAAUGAAUGGCAAGUAAAGAAGUUAAGAACAAAAGAUAUUACUUGUAGUGUUUUGCAAAUAUAGGAGGAUUCAGUUUAUUAGUUAAGAAUAGAAUUGCACCUAAACAUGGCAUGGUAACUCAAAAAGUACUACUAAAGUUAUAAAAACAUAUACAAAGCACAAUACAAGAAAUACAAUGGGGAAAGUAAAAUGGCUGGGUUUAAAUUACUUUAAUAACAUUGUAAACAUAUAAAAACACAGUGAAAGAAAAUAAUAAAUUAAAAGCAUAUUGGUCAUUACACAAAACAUAGGAAAAACUGUUUGCUGCAACAGAGGAGUACUGUUAAACACUAAAACGCCUGAGUCAAAUCAGAUAAAUGUGUUCACUGGAUUAAUAAGGAAAAUAGGAUCAGUAUGGAUUGGGAUUUCUCACCUAAGUAGGAAAGCACAGGAUUUUUAAGACUGUAAUACUGACACGGGGACUAGGAUGGUGACAAGGCCUGACGCAUUGAAGGAGAACAAGAAACCUAAGAGCGAGAAGCAAAAAAAUGAUGUAAACCAGGUAAAUUACACAGGGGUGCAUUGCUGAAGUAAAAGUUUACAAUAUUAAAAGGAUUAUUUCAGAGACUCCAGUCAGGAAAUCUACAAGAGGAGAAAAAGUUCCUGAGUUA